AUUUACUGAUCAGUGAUGCUAAAUAAGAAUUUAAAGUUGAUCUAGUUAUUUACCAUCCAUACUUUCUUUCAAACCCACUUAAUCUUCUCCUUCGCUGAAUCCAAUUCGACUAAUAAAAUUCCAAUCUUAAUCAUUGAAAUUAAAAUUUUAAUAAUUUAGCGUAACACACAAUUUUUUUGUACAGUUCUUCCUUUUAUGCUUCCUUUUCAAACCAUUUCACAACCCAAAUAAAAUGGGGCCAAGCCCAUUCAUGACCAACUCUACAACCUUACCCUUGGCCGUUAGCUGUGUCUGCUCCUCCUAAGUAAGCCUAACCAGUCACUUGUUUCCAGGUCCUUUUAAUGGCGGUUAAAUGUCUCUUUCUCUAAGGACUUCCCCCAAAGCCACGACCUUCAUCCGACAAAGUAACAACUCCCGGCUUUGGUACAGAUUUUUCCAUGGCCGACCAACUGCGGAGUUACUCUUUCUCAAUCAGAAACCAAGACUACGAGAAAAGCGACGACGUGGAGGAGAGCAAGUGUGCUUUCCUUGUGGUAGCUUUCUUCCCUUGUUUGGUUUGCUUCAUUCUUCUCCUUAUUAUAGUCUCCGUCGUGUUAGUAGUCAAAUUCCAUUUGUUUUGCCACACUCCUCUUCACUCCAUUUACAAGAAAAAUUGCUAGCCAAUUCCAUUUCUUUACCCGGAAACGUUUUAGAUUUGAAUCGUAGGGGUUUCUCUAGCGUCACUGACGGUGGUACAGAUUCUGAAACAGACAAUGAAUCUGAUAAUGCUGCCGAUGUCUUUAAGUCAACAGCGGACCUAAAGGAAGUUGAGAGAGUAUGCAAGGUGAUCGACGGAUUGUUUGGCUUAGACCGAAACAUGGAAGCUGUUUUAGAUGAAUGUGGGAUUAAUCUUACUCAUGAUUUGGUCAUGGAUGUGCUGGAACGGUUCCGACACGCUAGAAAACCGGCGUUUAGGUUUUUCUGUUGGGCCGGGCAAAAGCCAGGGUUUGACCAUGAUUCCAGGACAUACAAUAAAAUGAUGAAUGUUUUAGCAAAGAAUAGGCAAUUUGAAACCAUGUUGGCAAUGCUUGAAGAGAUGGGUGCCAAGGGGCUUGUGACAAUGGAUACUUUUGUGAUUGCUAUCAAAGCUUUUGCGGCUGCCAAGGAGAGGAAGAAAGCGGUUGGGAUCUUUGAGUUGAUGAAGAAGUAUAACUAUAAAGUGGGUGUUGAUACUAUUAAUUGCUUGCUUGAGAGUCUUGGGAGGGUUAAGCUUGCAAAAGAAGCACAAGCGCUAUUUGAGAAGUUGAGAGACAGGUUUACGCCCAAUUUAAGAUCACAUACGAUAUUGCUUGGUGGUUGGUGCAGGGUGCGGAAUUUGAUGGAAGCAGGGAGGGUGUGGAAUGAGAUGAUUGAUAAGGGUUUUAAGCCUGAUAUUGUCGCACAUAAUGUAAUGAUUGAAGGGCUAUUGAGGAGUAGGAGGACAUUUGAUGUGGUGAAGUUGUUUGAGGUCAUGAAAAGUAGGGGGCCUUUGCCUAAUGUUCGCAGCUAUACAAUUAUGAUUCGGGAGUUUUGCAAGCAAGGAAAGAUGAAUGAAGCAGUUCAAUAUUUUUAUGAGAUGCUUGAUUCUGGAUGUCAACCUGAUGCAGCAGUUUACACAUGUUUGAUCACUGGUUUUGGAAACCUGAAAAGGAUGGACAUGGUUUAUAGAUUGUUGAAGGAGAUGCAAGAAAAGGGUUGUCCACCUGAUGGCCGAACCUACAAUGCCCUGAUUAAGUUGUUGACAAGUCAAGGAAUGCGGGAUGAUGCAAUUAGGGUAUACAAGAAGAUGAUACAGAGUGGAAUUCAACCAACAAUUCACACUUUUAACAUGAUCAUGAAAUCAUUCUUCCAGUCCAGAAACUAUGACAUGGGUUGUGCAAUUUGGGAUGAGAUGCGUGAAAAGGGGAUUUGCCCUGAUGAUAUUUCGUACACUGUUUUCAUUAGAGGGCUGAUCAGUCUAGGUAGGUCAGGAGAGGCUUGUAAACUUCUAGAAGAAAUGAUAGAGAAAGGAAUGAAGGCUCCUCUGCUUGAUUACAACAAAUUUGCAGCUGAUUUCUCUAGAGCUGGGAAACCUGACAUACUCGAGGAGUUGGCUCAAAAGAUGAAGUUCUCUGGUAAGUUUGAUGUAUCUAAUAUCCUAACAAAAUGGGCUGAGAUAAUGAAGAAAAGGGUUAAGAGAAAAGGUUCCUUUAAAACUGAUGGAAGAUGCAUCUGACAUGCUAAUGAACUGUUUUACUCUGGUUUCAUGUGGCUCAUGGAUCAUAUUCUUCUCACUUAACUUCAUGUCACAAAUGACUUUUUUUUUAAAGGCAUUGUAUAUCGUUUGCGUUUGUUGCAUCCUAUGUUUCUAAUGUUAUUGUUUACCAAUUGAUUCCUCUUAUGCUCUUCAAUCCUAUUCUUACUUGAUGUGCAAUGUAUUUGAUUGGUCCGAGCUUUGUUUUUUCAUAUUGGAGCGGACUGCUUAGGCUUAAUACGAUGCAAGCGAAACGAUAGGGUGUUGUAAUUUCUCCCUUAAAGCAUGCAAAUCCUUUUUUUUUCCCCUCAUUUUGUUAUGUAUGUUAACAUGUCACCAU